AGCACUACCUUUAGUCAAUUUGUUCGACUAAAGGUAGUACAAGGUGGGUAGGAAUGAGUGGGGCAGAGGGAGAUAUUGAUCAACUAUUUUAUCUCACCCCAGCCGCACAUCUCAUCUGUAAUCCUAAGCAGGUUGUCCUACAGGAAAUCCUCGUUGUUAAUCAGAAAUACCUGACUUCUCCCUCCAGUCAUAUGCAUCAUGAAUAUUAUUUUCUGUUAAUGAAAAGGGUAGAAAGGCGUGGAAAGUUCAUCGAUCGAUUUGUUGUUGAUUUAAAGCCUUUUCCCAUGUUCUCUAAUAUAGGAAACAACCAUUCAACCAUGUAAGCUGUAUUCAAAUGAAAUAUUUAAUUAUGAAGGUGAUGGAACGUGUUUUUAAUGUAUUAAAUAAUGUUGCUAUCUUUUAAUAUUGACGUCAUUUCAAACGAAUGGAAGAUUUUCAAAUAAUCAACUCCGCUGCUUAAUCAAUGUCUUUCUAAUUCGUUGAGUUAAUUUCACUGAAAUACGACCAAAAGCCUUCUAAAAGUAACAUGUAAUGUCAGGUGUAUUUGGCUGCUAUUUUUACAGGUUCAGUGAUUGUGUAAACCCUCACUUGUUGAUACGUAAUUACUAUUUAGCUGGAUUAUGAUUUUGGCAUUUACUAGUGAUGAGAUACAAUUCAAAACAUACAUUAAAAGAGUCGAAGCUGUUUCUUGGAGUUCUAUUACUUGGGGGAACUUUUAAUAUAUGUCACCGACCUCAUGGAAACGCGGGCAAGUUAUCAACUACGUCGUGCAUUCUAUGUUUUUGUAAUUAACAGAACUAAAUAUAAUGAUGUGUUAAUUAUCUCGGAUAUAAAAUUGGGCCAAUUGCGUGUUUUACUAUCGGCGUUCCUUCACCUUCGAGAUUAAAUAUUUCAUUUGAUCACAGCUUUACAUCGUUAAUUGGUUGUUCCCUACUUUACAGGCAAGCGAUUAACGGAUGACAUUGGCACAAAACAACCUUUUUAACAUUGGAUACAUCUGGAAUAUUUAUCAGUUUUUUUAACAACAAAGGGUUGAAUUACUAUGAAAUAUUUGCUGUCACCUGAGAUUCAUAGCAACAUUUCUCUAUCUCUUAAUCUGGUGCUUUUGCAUUCUAAUUAAACUUGAAUAUAUUUCUAAAGGAGUUUGCAGCAUCUUUAGAUAUUGAUGAAGAUCACAGUUGGUAACCAUAGAGGUAUUUGUGUAAAAACAGAAACAAGAAAACCAUUGAAAUAUUGAGAUGAACAAAGAAUAAUUUCAAGGGAUUAAUGUAAUACAGUGAAACAGCUAAAGGAUUUGGUUUUGUUUUUAUUCCUUGGAGAAAUGUCAAAAGAUAUACAAAAGUCAUCAUAUCAGUGUGAUAUCAGUGAUAAACCAUUCUGUGAAAAUGAUAAUUUAAAAGUGCAGAAACAGAAUCCUUCAGGAGGAAAACGAUACCAUUGUGAUAUCUGUGGUAAAUCAUUCACAGUAAAUACCAACUUAACUAGACACAAACGUAUUCAUACAGGAGAGAAACCAUAUCAUUGUGAUAUCUACAGUAAAUCUUUCUCUCAACUAUGCAACAUGACCUCUCACAAACGCACCCAUACAAGAGAGAAGCCGUAUCGCUGUGUUAUAUGUGGCAACUCAUUCUCAGAAAAUGGCCACUUAACUAGACACAGACGUAUCCAUACAGGAGAAAAACCAUAUGAUUGUGACAUCUGUGGUCGAUCAUUCUCUAACAGUACCGACUUAACUAGACACAAACGCAUCCAUACAGUAGAGAAACGAUUUAAUUGUGAUAUCUGUGAUAAAUCAUUCUCUAAAAAUAGUGAAUUAACUAAACACAAAUGUCUUCAUACAGGAGAAAAACCAUUUCACUGUGAUAUCUGUGGCAAAUCAUACUUGAUAAAUACCACCUUACAGAAACACAAACGUACACACACAAGGGAGAUGCCAUAUCACUGUGAGAUCUGUGGUAAAUCAUUCUCUCAGAGUAGCUUGUUAACUAGUCACACACGUAUUCAUACAGGAGAGAGACCAUUUCGCUGUGACAUUUGUGGUAAAUCAUUCUCAGAAAGUGCCAACUUAACCAGGCACAAACAUCCAUACAAGAGAAAAAUCAUUUCACUGUGAUAUUUGUGGUAAAUCAUUCUCUGUAAGUAGUGAGUUAACUAGACACAAACGAAGUCAUACAGGAGAAAAACCAUUUCGCUGUGAUAUUUGUGGUAAAUCAUUCUCUGUAAGUAGUACCUUAAUUAAUCACAA